AUGCAGCCACCUCUCCCACCUGAAGCAGUCAGAGAGCUGGUGUGCUCCUGUCUGCACAGAGACCCGGUCGCAGCAGACCUCCGCUGCAGCCUGUUUGUUGCAGCUGCGCAGAACUACAAGAGGGACUCACUGCUUCGACCGUUCCCUCCCAGAUACAUAAGUGGUGACAAUAAAGACUUUGAGGACCUGCUGGCACAUGUGAACUCUUUCCCUGGUGUGCGAGACUUGGUGAGACUGCGACCUGGAGAGGGAGAUCAUCAUCUGGCUCUCGCUCACUGGAUUCUGUCUUCAAAGAGCUUCGCUGUGAAAACUCUACAGAAAGAUGAGUAUGCCAAAAUUUGUAACUUGAUGGAAAACGGAGGCGUUUCUGCGCCUGCGCCAGACUUCCUGUUUGAGCUGGAGUACGGUGACCAGAUGAAUGCGAGGUUCGAGAGGACGAGAGCGGGCAGAGACGUCUUCUAUGCAUUCCAUGGGAGCCGACUGGAGAACUUUCACUCAAUCAUUCACAACGGGCUGCACUGUCACCUCAACAAGAACUCUGUGUUUGGAGAGGGGACCUACCUCACCAGUGACCUCAGCAUGGCCGUUCUUUACAGUCCCCACAGCAGCGGUUGGCGAGAAAGUCUCCUGGGUCCGCUGCUCAGCUGUGUGGCCUUAUGUGAAGUCAUUGAUCACCCAGAUGUGAAGUGCCAAGUGAAGAAAAAAGACUCUGAAUUCGUUGACCGCCAGCGCUCGAGGGCAAAAAACAGCGAAGGAGGCGACGUGCCGCAGAAAUACUUUGUGGUCACCAACAAUCAACUUUUGCGAGUCAAGUACCUGCUUGUUUACUCUCAGAGGAGGCACCUGUCAAGACAUUCCCGCAGCACCUCCUGGCUCCUCAGACACCAUUUUGCUCUCAUGAUGAGUCUCUACCUUCUGCUGCUCAUAUUUCUCGGUGCCUUCAACUCCACCACCUUCGUAUCCUUUUGGAACAGGCUUUUCAGGUGACAAGACAACAGGACAGACGGCCUGGAUGUGGCUCCACUGUGGCUCCACUGUGCCUUCCUGAUCAGAGACUGACCGGAGGCCUGAGCAGCGAUUUUAUGCACCUUUUUAUACUGUUUUCUCUCGCAUAUCUUUCCUUUUAUUUGUAAAAAAUGGUUAUAAUUACUGUUAUACCAAGAUAACGUACGGUAUCUUUUCAAAUAGCAGCGUUGUAUUAAUUUCAUUAAAAUGCAAUGAGACAUUUUUCAUUUAAAAAAUGUAAUGCAAUGUUUCGACUAAUUGUUCUGCUUUAGUAAACAUCCUCAUCAUUUUGUAGAUAAAUUCUGUUGCUGUGUGGUUGUAGUCGUCUGAGGACAGUUUAAGUAACCAAAGGGGGAAAAACAAAGAACUUUACAUUAAAAUAAUCUUGUUUAAUUAAGUAAGAAAGGUUGGGACAAACAUUUAGGGUUUUUUUUGUAGCACAUUAACUGAUGGUACUUGGUCAUUAGUGUAACUGUUACCUGAUAGGAAGUCUGUUGAUCAGGCAGUAAUGACAGUAUCCUUCUAUAAAUGCUUCCUCUUUAAUGGUAUACGUUUGUACUACUCAGUUUAUGGGAGAUGAAUGAGUAAGGACUUUUUAUAUCUCAUGAUUUAAGUGUAGCUUUACGGUAUUUAACAUAUUAUUGAGGUUUGAUGAAGGAAAAAUACACAAGGUGGCCUUUCUGGUGAUUCUAACAUACAGUUAGGCUGAAUCCAAAUGUCGACUCUCUGGACUUGUGGACUGAGCCCUCGCGGACUUCAGUUGUAUGCACUGUGACGUUCACUGUCGUCACGUCAAGUCUGCGAGGGUGCUGGCUCGCAAGGGGGCAAAAUACCUUCGUUGACCUCUAUUGUUUCCGUGGAGAUGAAUUGAAAUUCCCGACCUCAUUUCAAAGUGAUUUUCUGAGUGGCUCCUGACGGUUUUGGAUAUGUGUGCGUCUGCUGAUUUACUCUCAAUGAAUCUGGUGAGAACGCUUAGUGAGGAUUUCCCUUUACAUGAGCUGCUGAACACUGCUAAUAUUCACAUUAAAUCCUCAUUGUGGAGCUUCACAUUAUAGAUGGACAAAAAACCAACGUCAUCCCAUCUAAGUUUAGUGGAUUAUAAUAAAGAAAUAAGUUAUUAAGCCUAGGUGUGUUAUUCUGUGAGUUCCUUAUACUUCACUACAUCAAUUAAUUUAUACAGCAAAUGUGAAAAAAGCAAAUGUCAUUGAACGUAAAUAUUUUAAAUAGUUUAUUAUAUAUAUAGUAGUUUUUUUAAAAUUUUGAAUAAUAAUAAUUCAUAUUUUUUUUACAUCCUCACUUUAUAGCAUAUUGCUGCAGGAUUAUGGGUAAUUUUCGGAGCAAAGUGUGGCGAAGUCUGGACUCCAAGAGGACUCUCUUGAAGUCCGCAUAAAGUCCACUUGGGACCCCUUGUGGGACUGCGCCUGCAAAGUCAGAACAUUUGGAUUCAGCCUAAAUGUAAUAAAUGUUUUGUAAGAAGGCUAUUGAUGACUUAGUUUAUGAUAAUUUCGGACAUGCUUUCAUAUCGUUGUAGCAGUAGAGGAGGUAAGCUGAAGCAGCAGAUUCUUAAAAUUUGUUUCCAAUUUUUUUGACACUAAUAAAAUUAUACUUUGAUUUAAA